AUGCUUGAGGUGAGUAAUUCAUGCAGCUCGCUGCAGAGCCUGAAUGGAUACUACACGAACCAGCCGUUUGGCACCCAGUCUGGCCGCCCGUACUACGUGCACGAUUCUGGCGCAAUCUACAUCUACUACGACCCAGGCUUGACGUGCGACGGGUCCUCCACCUACGAAGGCAUGUGGGUGUUCGACAACGAGCCGCCCGACCUCACCGCCACGGACAGUCUCGGCACCGAUUGUUAUAUCAAUGCCGUGCAUGCGGGAAACGAUUUGAUUCCACCAAUGGGAUCGACCUCGUGGAUGCUGCAUUGCAAUGGCGUUUGGACCUCGGUGAAUCUGAACAUCGAGCUGCCCUCGACGCCAGCGCCUACAGGGACAACGGCAGCCCCGACAGCAACUCCGACGCCUGUUCCGACAUCAUCUCCGACGCCGAUUCCGCCUCCAGCCCCUGGGCCGAGCAUGCUUGAGGUGAGUAAUUCAUGCAGCUCGCUGCAGAGCCUGAAUGGAUACUACACGAACCAGCCGUUUGGCACCCAGUCUGGCCGCCCGUACUACGUGCACGAUUCUGGCGCAAUCUACAUCUACUACGACCCAGGCUUGACGUGCGACGGGUCCUCCACCUACGAAGGCAUGUGGGUGUUCGACAACGAGCCACCCGACCUCACCGCCACGGACAGUCUCGGCACCGAUUGUUAUAUCAAUGCCGUGCAUGCGGGAAACGAUUUGAUUCCACCAAUGGGAUCGACCUCGUGGAUGCUGCAUUGCAAUGGCGUUUGGACCUCGGUGAAUCUGAACAUCGAGCUGCCCUCGACGCCAGCGCCCACAGGGACAACGGCAGCCCCGACAACAACUCCGACGCCUGUUCCGACAUCAUCUCCGACGCCGAUUCCGCCUCCAGCCCCUGGGCCGAGCAUGCUUGAGGUGAGUAAUUCAUGCAGCUCGCUGCAGAGCCUGAAUGGAUACUACACGAACCAGCCGUUUGGCACCCAGUCUGGCCGCCCGUACUACGUGCACGAUUCUGGCGCAAUCUACAUCUACUACGACCCAGGCUUGACGUGCGACGGGUCCUCCACCUACGAAGGCAUGUGGGUGUUCGACAACGAGCCACCCGACCUCACCGCCACGGACAGUCUCGGCACCGAUUGUUUCCUCAAUGCCGUGCAGGUGAGCAACGGCUUGGUGCCGCCCAUGGGGUCAACCUCGUGGAUGUUGCAUUGCGAUGGCGUUUGGACCUCGGUAAAUCUGAACAUAGAGCUGCCCUCGACGCCAGCGCCUACAGGGACAACGGCAGCCCCGACAGCAACUCCGACGCUUUUUCCGACAUCAUCUCCGACUCCGAUUCCGACUUUCUCUGCGUGCGUGGACACGCACGGGGGGGCCACGAACGAGAACGGGGACCAGUGCGAGUUGGUGGAGAUGAUGCCGAUCCAGUGCGGCUACGUUGGAGCGUACUACGACGACGACGACUUCACCGUGGUUGACAUGUGUUGUGCAUGUGGCGGCGGGGGGACUGCGAUGCCGACUGCGGCUCCGACAGCAACUCCGACGCAUGUUCCGACAUCAUCUCCGACACCGAUUCCGCCUCCAGCCCCUGGGCCGAGCAUGCUUGAGGUAAGUAAUUCAUGCAGCUCGCUGCAGAGCCUGAAUGGAUACUACACGAAACAGCCGUUUGGCACCCAGUCUGGCCGCCCGUACUACGUGCACGAUUCUGGCGCAAUCUACAUCUACUACGACCCGGGCUUGACGUGCGGCGGGUCCUCCACCUACCAAGCCAUGUGGGUGUUCGACAACGAGCCGCCCGACCUCACCGCCACGGACAGUCUCGGCACCGAUUGUUUCCUCAAUGCCGUGCAGGUGGGAGGCGGUUUGGUGCCACCAAUGGGAUCGACCUCGUGGAUGCUGCAUUGCAGCGGCGUUUGGAGUUCGGUGCACCUGAGCAUUGACCUGCCCUCGACGCCAGCCCCUUCUGGGCCAACGCCCGCGCCCGCACCAACAACAAUCGUUGAGCCCACACCCCAGCCAACUAGUCUGUGCCUCGACACACAUGGUGGAGCGACCAACAGAUACGAGCAGAGGUGUGAGUUGUUUUCGACCGUGCCAGUCCAAUGUUCGAUUUCCGAGUUCUAUUAUGACGACACAGACUUCACGACUGCAGAUAUGUGUUGCGCUUGUGGCGGGGGGGCAGUUCCGACACCAGCUCCACCUCCGCCGACGACAACCGAGACAAGCACUUUCACGGUGUCGACCCUAUCGGAGUCGAGCAUCACAUCGAAGACGAGCUCUACCGAAACGAGCGGUACGACAGGUUCCACGUCUACGGCGUCGAGCACGACGUGGACCAAUUCUACCGGAACGAUAAGUACCACGAGGUCUACUUCGACGGCGUCGAGCAUCCUGUCGCAGACCAGCAGUACGAAAACGAGCAUUACUACUGGGUCCACCCUGACAAGCACCGCGUCCCGAACAAGCACUACGAUCACGAGCCGUACCACCGAGUCGAGCACUAUCUCACGGACGAGCUCGACCGAAACGAGCAGUACGACGGGUUCCACCUCUACGGAGUCGAGCACCCUGUCGCAGACCAGCAGUACGAAAACGAGCAGCACCGCGUCUCGAACAAGCACUACGGUUACGAGCCGCACCACCGAGUCGAGCACUAUCUCACGGGCAACCUCUACAGACACGCAGCCAAUUAGUCUGUGCCUCGACACACACGGUGGAGCGACCAACAGAUACGAGCAGAGGUGUGAGUUGUUUUCGACCGUGCCAGUCCAAUGCUCGAUUUCGGAUCUUUAUUAUGACGACACAGACUUCACGACUGCAGAUAUGUGUUGCGCUUGUGGCGGGGGGGCGGUUCCGACACCAGCUCCACCUUUGCCAACCACAACCGAGACAAGCACUCUCACGAAGUCCACCAUUACGAAGUCGAGCACCUCUUCGCAGGCCAGCGUUACACAAACAAGCAGUACCACCCAAACUACCACCCAAACAGGGUCCACGCACACGGACACGAGUAGGACUACGGUGUCCACGACCUCGGUGUCGAGCACCACGUCGCGGACCAGCGCCACCGAAACGAGCAGCACCACAGGGUCCACCUUCACGGAGUCGGGCACCACGUCGCGGACAAGCUCUACGGAAACCAGCACAACAACAAGGACCACUAUGUCGGAAUCGAGCACAACGUCCCAGACACGCAGUACGGGCACGAGCACAACAACGGUGUCGACUCUCUCGGAGUCGAGCAUCACAUCGAGGACAAGCUUUACCGAAACAAGCAGUACGACGGGUUCCACCUCUACGGAGUCGAGCGCCACGUGGACCACCUCUACCGGAACGAUAAGUACCACGAGGUCUACUUCGACGGCGUCGAGCACCCUGUCGCAGACCAGCAGUACGAAAACGAGCAGUACUACGGGGUCCACCCUGACAAGCACCGCGUCCCGAACAAGCACUACGAUCACGAGCCGUACCACCGAGUCGAGCACUACCUCACGGACGAGCUCGACCGAAACGAGCAGUACGACGGGUUCCACCUCUACGGAGUCGAGCGCCACGUGGACCACCUCUACCGGAACGAUAAGUACCACGAGGUCUACUUCGACGGCGUCGAGCACCCUGUCGCAGACCAGCAGUACGAAAACGAGCAGUACUACGGGGUCCACCCUGACAAGCACCGCGUCCCGAACAAGCACUACGAUCACGAGCCGUACCACCGAGUCGAGCACUACCUCACGGACGAGCUCGACCGAAACGAGCAGUACGACGGGUUCCACCUUUACGGAGUCGAGCACGACGUGGACCACCUCUACCGAAACGAUAAGUACCACGAGGUCUACUUCGACGGCGUCGAGCACCCUGUCGCAGACCAGCGGUACGAAAACGAGCAGUACUACGGGGUCCACCCUGACAAGCACCGCGUCCCGAACAAGAACUACGAUCACGAGCCGGACCACCGAGUCGAGCACUAUCUCACGGACGAGCUCGACCGAAACGAGCAUUACGACGGGUUUCACGUCGAGCACGACGUGGACCAGUUCUACCGAAACGGGAAGUGCCACGAGGUCUACUUCUACGGCGUCGAGCACCCUGCCGCAAACCAGCACUGCGACAACGAGCAGCACCACCAGGUCUACGAUUUCGCAAUCCAGUAGUGAGCCGCCAGCGGCAGCGCCAACAGCAUCGCCAACGCUGGAUCAGGCCCCACUGCCAACCGCGGCGCCUACGACGGCACCCUCUUCCGCGCCGACAGGUGCCCCACUGCCGGCCCCAACGGCCGUCCCAACGGCAGCUCCAGAGGCCCCCUCGACGGCACCAACCCCCGCGCCCCUUCCAGCGCCACCUGAGCUUCCGACGACAGCCCCAACGGCGGCGCCUGCGCUGGCUCCGACCCCAGCUGCAGCUCUGGUGCCGACCUCGGCUCCGACGACGGGUGCCCCAACGGCAGCACCUCCGGCCUCCGACUUCGCGAGCGAGGCACCGACGGCUUCGCCAUCGCCGGACUCGACUCCAGUGCCAGCAGCAGUCCCGACGGACGCUCCCACUGUCGCCCCGACGGACGACGCCCCCGCGCCCUCGCCGACACCGGCGCCCACGGCCGGGCCAGGCGGAGCCCCAGCGACGGGCGCGCCGACCUCCGCGCCGGCGCCGCCGGCCGAGACGUCCGCACCGACGCCGGCAGUGACGCCGGGCGCGGGCGCGUGGACAAUGCUCGUCCGGGCAGCGAAGCGGCGCGACACCGAGCUGCAGGUCGCUUCGACGAGCGGCUUCGCCGUGAUGGACAGCGUCGUCAUCGUUGGAGGCGGCAACACGGAGGUCCUGAGAGUGGUCGGCGCCGGGACGGUUCGGGCAGCGGUCUUGGUCGUGGGUUCGGGCGUGACGUUCGCGUACCCAGUCGGCUCAAUGAUCUACGUCUCCGCAGAGGCGGUGCCAGAUCCAACGCCAACGCCAGCUCCAACGCUGGGGUCGGCGUGUCAUGGAUACGUUCACGUCUUCUUUUGCACCGACACCUUCGCCUGA